ACUUUCCCACCCAAACAAAAACCCUUGCACACGUUCCGAUACCAUCUCUGUAGAUACGAGGGUUUAUUGUGCAAGGGAAGAACUGUCGGGAUGUUUUACAAAUCAGUUGCAUAAUAAUAACUCUCUCUAGGUAAACUACAUUCAAUCGCCGUACGAUAUAUAGGGAGGAAGCGGAGGGGGCAAUAAAGGGUUGAGCUAUGGAGGAAUCUGAAGGCCAGCUGAGGCGGUGUAGUUCGAACGAGGCGAUGGCGGAGAUUGGAGAUUUCACGCCGUCGUUGACGGAGAGUCGGCCGGCGGAUUUUGAGGAAAUCGAUGUUACUGAUGCGAAGGGGACUGACGAUUCAGUGGGCGGUGAAACGAAAACGAACGGGGUUUUAGGGAACGAGGAUGGUAGUGGUAGGAACGAAGAGAGGGUAGAUAUCUCGAUUGAUAUAUUGAUCAGUGAGGAGAAUGGUAAGAUGGAUUCUCUAUCGGAGGAGGGAGAUUUGGGGAGGGUGAAUAUGGAGGUAAAUGCAGUGGAGGAAAGCGGCGGCGGCGCUACCUUGGAGAAGCAGCAAAAAGGUCGUAAGAGAGGAAGACCACCAAAGAAGGGAAAGGAGCAGAAGCAGCCCCGUAAAAAAGGAAGACCUGCGAAGACUUGUAAUAAAGACGAGGAGGGAGGGGAUCCCAAUGUAAGUAAUUGUGCCGAGUCAAUGCUGGAGUGUGGAAAAGAAGAGAUUGAAACUGGAAUUAUGGGGGAUGAAAAAGAAGAUCCGUUAAGUUCUGACAAGGAUAAGGGCAAUAGGAGUGCAAGGAGGAAAUCAAGUCAGAUAGCAAUCCAGAAGAUGGGGAAACUUAAGGAGCAAAUGGUGGAGUGGGAAGAAGCAGAUAAAGAUGGGAGAAGGAGGAAAAAUAGAAAGAUAGAGGUGGUUGAGGGUUCACAGGAUGGGGGAAGUGGUGAAGGGAGUGCACGCACCCUUCGACAGAGGAAAGCUAAGAAUGAGGAUGUUGUAUCUAAGCCAAGGAUCAGGAAGGAUGAAGAUGGGAAUGAGAUUGAAUCAAAUAUGUGCCACCAAUGCCAGAGGAAUGACAAAGGAAGAGUUGUUCGUUGUACAAACUGCAGGACAAAGAGAUAUUGUGUGCCUUGCAUGACCAGAUGGUAUCCUGGUAUGUCAGAGGAGGCUUUUGCAGAAAAGUGCCCUGUUUGUCUCCAAAACUGCAACUGCAAAGCAUGCUUGCGGCUGGAAGGGCCUAUACGUGACUUGAAAGAAAAAACAUUUAAAGUCAGCAAAGAGGAGCAGGAUCAGUACUCUAGGUAUAUCUUGCUAGUGCUUCUACCUUUCUUGAGACAAUUCAAUGCAGAGCAAAUAACAGAGAAGGAGAUUGAAGCAAAGAUUCAAGGAGUUGCCUUUUCUGAAUUAAAGCUGCAAAAAGCAAAAUGUGCGGUGAAUGAAAGGAUGUACUGUGACAACUGCAAAACAUCAAUUUUUGAUUUUCACAGAAGCUGCUCAAACUGUUCCUAUGAUCUAUGCCUUGCUUGUUCCCGAGAGCUUAGGAGUGGCCAUUUGAAGUGGAAUAAAGAAGUCGUCAUGCAAUAUGUUGAUAAAGGUCUAGAUUAUAUGCAUGGUGAAAUCAGUAGAACUAAUGAGAGAAAAAAGAGCAAGAGAUUCGUAGAGACUAAUUCUGUUGAUUUUGCUCAAAAAUCCUGCGACAAUGAUCCAUCAAGGAGCUCUAGUGGUUUUUGUCAUACAUGGAAAUCUGAAGAAAGUGGUGGAAUUCCUUGUCCACCGGAGAAUAUGGGUGGUUGUAAUGGGGGAGCUUUAGAACUAAAGCACUUACUCGGGGAGAAUAAUAUUUCUGUAUUGCUAGCAAAAGCAGAAGAAGCAGUGAAGAAAACCAAAUUAGAUGAUAUUCCAGAGUGUUCUCAGCAAUGGUGCUCUUGUUUGAAUACCAUUGAUGAGAAUGAUGUUGAUAAAAGUAAGGUAAGGAAAGCAGCUUCUAGGGUGGAUUCUCAUGAUAAUUAUUUGUACUGCCCAGCAGCCAAGGACAUUCAGCAUGAGGAUUUGAAGCACUUCCGCUGGCAUUGGCUUAAAGGUGAACCUGUGAUUGUCAGUAAUGUGCUGGAAACUACCUCAGGACUGAGCUGGGAACCACUGGUUAUGUGGCGUGCUUGCCGCCAGAUAAAAAAUCUCAACCAUCCACUUCUUUUAGAUGUGAUUGCAAUUAACUGCUUGGAUUGGUGUGAGGUUGAUGUUAAUCUCCACCGGUUUUUUAAUGAAUAUAUGAAGCUUCAAUUUGAUAGUAAUGGGUGGCCUACAAUUCUGAAGUUGAAAGAUUGGCCUCCAUCUGAUUUAUUUGAGGAGCGGUUACCUCGUCAUGGUGCUGAGUUUGAAAACUGCCUGCCUUUCAAGACAUAUACAGAUCCUAGGAAUGGGUAUCUAAAUCUUGCUGUCAAGUUGCCGAAAGAUUCCUUAAAACCAGACAUGGGACCAAAGACAUAUAUAGCUUACGGAGUUCAUCAGGAGCUGGGCCGUGGAGAUUCUGUAACCAAGUUGCACUGCGAUAUGUCUGAUGCUGUCAAUGUCUUAACACAUGCUCAUGGAACAAACCUAGAACCUGAGCAACUUUCAGCUAUUAAAGAGCUGAAAAUGAAACAUGCUAUCCAGGAUCAGAAAGAGCUACUGAAGCCUGAUGAGCUGGAAAAAAGUGAGAAUGGUAUUCAAAAGUUGAAUGAGGAAAGUUCUCAGAAGCGUAAAAGAGGAAGACAAGCGAGGAAUAAAAAUGGAACUCAGAAAGGAGGGAAUCCCAAGGGAAAUGAUUGUACUGAGUUUGAAGACUCUGAUGGUGGGGCUCUACCUGUGAACAAUAAUAAUGGAACUCAGAAUGGAGGGGAUCCCAAGGGAAAUGAUUGUGCUGAGUUUGAAGAAUCUGAUGGUGGUGCUCUACCUGUGAACAAUAAUAAUGGAACUCAGAAUGGAGGGGAUCCCCAGGGAAAUGAUUGUGCUGAGUUUGAACAAUCUGAUGGUGGUGCUCUACCUGUGAAAAAUAAUAAUGGAACUCUGAAUGGAGGGGAUCCCAAGGGAAAUGAUUGUGCUGAGUUUGAAGAAUGUGUUGGUGGUGCUCUACUUGUGAAGAAUAAUAAUGGAACUCAGAUUGGAGGGGAUUCCAAGGGAAAUGAUUGUGCUGAGUUUGAAGAAUCUGAUGGUGGUGCUCUCUGGGACAUCUUUAGAAGGGAAGAUGUCCCUAAGUUGGAAGAGUAUAUAAGGAAGCACUUCAAGGAGUUCAGGCAUAUUUAUUGUUGCCAAGUGCCAGGGGUUGUUCACCCAAUACAUGAUCAAAGUUUUUACUUGACUGUUGAACACAAGAAAAAGCUGAAAGAAGAAUAUGGGGUUGAACCAUGGACAUUCGUUCAAAAUGUAGGGGAUGCUGUUUUUAUACCAGCAGGUUGCCCUCAUCAAGUUAGAAAUUUGAAGUCAUGCAUAAAAGUUGCAGUUGACUUUGUUUCGCCUGAAAAUGUUUCCGAAUGUAUGAGAUUGACUGAGGAAUUCCGCACACUUCCCCCAAAUCACAGGGCAAAAGAAGAUAAACUGGAGGUGAAGAAAAUGACGAUUCAUGCGGUGAGAGAUGCUGUGGAUGUUUUACAGGGCACAAAAGAAAAUAAAUCUAAAAAGAAGAAAAACCCGACGAAUGAAUCUGAAACCAGCUAAGUCCAGAAUCCAGAUUAUAUGCUGUUUGUCUGUAAUCGGCUCCACAAACUCUUAAUAUUAUAUUUUUGCUGGUGGGUGGUGUGGGCUAGCAUCUAUUGUUAUUUUUGUUUUCUGCAGAGUCGCAGAAUGUUGUGUAUUCCACGUUGUCACACCGCCAAAUAUUUAGAUACACUAUUUUGCAUGGUAUAAGUAAAAAUGGCUUUGCUUUAGAAA